AAAUCUUCUUGAGAUGAUUCACAUCCUGUAAAACAUUAAGUUCUCUGCAUUCAACAGACCAUCUGUACUCUGAGCUUGAAAAUUUAAAGACCAGAAGCAUUUGCACAAGGUAUUUGUUUAACUGCAGUAUUGGGAAGACUACAAUGAAUCAGUAUUUCAUUGCACUCAUAUGGACUGUGCUUGGCACUGAACUGCUACAGAGUCUCAGUACUACUGUCAAAUCCCCAAGGUUCAGAGGACGUGUGCUGCAAGAGCGAAAAAAUAUCAGACCAAACAUUAUCCUUGUACUCACAGAUGACCAGGAUGUGGAACUUGGCUCCUUGCAAGUGAUGAAUAAAACCAGAAAGAUAAUGGAGAAUGGAGGUGCCACGUUUGUCAAUGCAUUUGUAACUACCCCAAUGUGCUGUCCAUCUCGAUCUUCAAUGUUGACAGGAAAAUAUGUUCAUAACCACAAUGUCUACACUAACAAUGAGAAUUGCUCUUCGCCUUCCUGGCAAGCAACUCACGAACCAAGAACCUUUGCAGUAUAUCUCAACAACACUGGGUAUAGGACUGCUUUUUUUGGAAAAUACCUCAAUGAAUAUAAUGGCAGCUACAUUCCUCCUGGUUGGCGAGAAUGGGUUGGAUUAAUCAAGAACUCUCGUUUCUACAAUUAUACAGUUUGUCGCAAUGGUCUCAAAGAGAAGCAUGGAUUUGAAUAUGCAAAGGACUAUUUCACUGACCUGAUCACUAAUGACAGCAUUAAUUAUUUCAAAAUGUCUAAGAGGAUAUAUCCCCAUAGACCGAUCAUGAUGGUGAUCAGCCAUGCUGCUCCCCAUGGCCCGGAGGACUCUGCGCCGCAGUUCUCUGAGUUCUACCCAAAUGCAUCUCAGCACAUAACUCCCAGCUACAACUAUGCACCAAACAUGGAUAAGCACUGGAUUAUGCAGUAUACAGGCCCUAUGCUUCCUAUUCACAUGGAAUUUACAAAUGUCUUGCAGCGCAAAAGACUUCAGACUUUACUAUCUGUUGAUGAUUCCAUGGAAAGAUUAUAUCAUAUGCUAGUGGAGACUGGGGAACUGGAGAAUACCUACAUUAUUUACACUGCUGACCAUGGUUACCAUAUUGGGCAAUUUGGACUGGUCAAGGGGAAGUCAAUGCCAUAUGACUUUGAUAUUCGCGUCCCUUUCUUUAUUCGUGGUCCAAGUGUAGAGCCGGGAUCAGUAGUAUCUCAGCUAGUGCUGAAUAUUGACCUUGCUCCAACUGUUCUGGAUAUUGCAGGACUUGACACGCCUCCAGAUAUGGAUGGCAAAUCUAUUCUAAAACUCCUGGACCUUGAAAAACCAGGAAACAGGUUUCGAACAAACAAGAAAACCAAAAUUUGGCGUGAUACAUUCCUGGUGGAAAGAGGUAAAUUUCUGCGAAAGAAGGAGGAACCAACCAAAAAUGUCCAGCAGUCUAAUCACUUGCCAAAAUAUGAAAGAGUAAAGGAGUUGUGUCAGCAAGCAAGAUACCAGACACCUUGUGAGCAGCCAGGCCAGAAAUGGCAGUGCAUUGAAGACACAUCUGGCAAGCUUCGUAUUCACAAGUGUAAGGUGCCCAGUGACAUUCUUGCCAUCAGAAAGAGAACACGAAGCAUACACUCUCGAGGGUAUAGCAGCAAUGAGAACGAAUGUGACUGUGAUGAAUCUGAGUACCGAAAUAGCAGAGCCCAAAGAAAAAAUCAAAGACCCUUUUUGAGAAAUCCCAGUGUACAAAAAUACAAACCCCGAUUUGUUCACACUCGCCAGACUCGCUCCUUGUCUGUGGAAUUUGAAGGGGAAAUAUAUGAUGUCAGCCUGGAGGAGGAGGAACUGCAUGUUCUUCAGCCCAAAAGCAUUGUUAAGAGGCAUGGAAGUUACAGUGAGGAGGAGGAACCUUCAGAAGAUACCACUGGCGAUGAAGGAAUGCUAGCAGAUGGAAUCAAUGCUGUUGGCCAACCAAACUCUGUCAGAGUGACACACAAGUGCUUUAUUCUUCCAAAUGAUUCCAUUCACUGUGAGAGGGAACUGUACCAGUCAGCCAGAGCCUGGAAAGACCACAAAGCCUACAUUGACAAAGAGAUUGAGGCUCUCCAAGAUAAAAUCAAGAAUUUGAGAGAAGUGAGAGGACAUCUGAAAAGACGAAAACCUGAUGAAUGUGAUUGUAGCAAAAAGAGCUAUUACAGCAAAGAAAAGGGAGUGAAGGCUCAAGAAAAGCAUAAGAGUCACCUUCAUCCCUUCAAGGAAGCAGCCCAAGAGGUGGAUGGCAAGCUUCAGCUCUUCAAAGAGAACCGCAGGAGGAGGAAGGAAAGAAAGAGCAAAAAGCGCCAGAAGAAAGGAGACGAGUGCAGCCUUCCUGGACUCACUUGCUUUACUCAUGAUAACAAUCACUGGCAGACAGCUCCAUUCUGGAAUUUGGGAUCAUUUUGUGCUUGCACAAGUUCAAACAACAACACUUACUGGUGUUUGCGAACAGUUAAUGAAACGCACAACUUCCUCUUCUGUGAGUUUGCUACAGGAUUCUUGGAGUAUUUUGACAUGAACACUGACCCCUACCAGCUGACAAAUACAGUACAUACUAUAGAAAGAGGCAUUCUGAACCAAUUACAUAUACAACUCAUGGAGCUACGAAGUUGCCAAGGUUAUAAGCAAUGCAAUCCAAAACCAAAGGGACUCAACACAGAGGACAGUUAUGGCAUGGAUGGGAAGGCUAAGUUGCCAAACUUCACUGAAAAUGUCAACUGGCAAGGACUGGAAGAUUUGUACAGUGUAAAUGAAAGCUUAUAUGAACACAGAAAUGACUACCAACUUAGUCCUGAUGACUGGACAAAUUACUUGAAGGAUGUAGAUAGAAUCUUUGCACUGCUGAACAGUUACUCUGAGCAAAAUGGAAGAGUAAAGACUCAGACUGCUCAUGCCAGUGGAUAUUUGGAUGAAUCAUCCACACCAUUGUUCUUGCUGGAAAUGAGCUCUGUUGGAUCAGACGAAGGUUCGAGUUGGUUGACAGCCCAAGAGGAACAGCCUACCAUGCCAACGGAUUUAGAGGCCCUGGCUACGAGAGCAGUUACGUUAUGUCAGGACAGCACACUUGAAUUAAGCAAUGACAUUCCUGAAAAAAGGAAUCUGCAUCCCACACACUGGAAUAGUCACCAAGGCAAAGCAUUGCUAGAGGCUGAAGACCCAGUUAGUUUCGAAAUGGAUUUUAGUGGGAAUGAUUUGACAGAAAUGGAGUCUAGACAUAGCUUCAUCUUACAACCAGUUAGCAUUCUUCAGAAAGAUUCUGCCCCAGACAGUAACUCUGCAGAAGACAUUUUUGAAGAACAGAUCUACCUUCUCACAAACUCAGAUGAAGCAGUAAUUCAUCAGGCUUUAAACACAUUAAUUGUGGAGCAUAAAACUGAGGGGGUGUUGAAAAAAAGGGAACAUUUUCCAGAAGAAUCUUCACAGUCUGUAGCUAUAGAAGGCAGUGCCUCAUUUCCCCUUUCCUCACAUUAAGUCAUGCAGACCCAUAUACAUUCUUGCUUAUUAUGGAUUAGUUGGCAAAUAAAAGUAGCCCUGACAACUGACAUUCCAAAUUUUAUAAUUGGUAUAUUUCAUAGCAAAUUAAUGAGACCUGAAAUAAGUGUUUCACAUACACACACCGUGAAACAUGCCAUAGCAGUAGUAGUGGAAAGAGACCAUGCUUAAGAUGUUUUUGCAUUGCAAACCCUCUUUUCUAAACUGCUAGGAAGACUUCCUCAAACAAGAGUCUGGAGUUAUGUAUUUUCUCAGUUCUGAGAAUGGUUCCUUACCAAUGAAUGUUUCUGUCCACUUCAGUUCUCUGAAUAAUACAUUUUUCAUUUGGAAAAAAAAAAAAUAAC